AAGUAAGUAAAAGUAUGUAAGCACGAUGGGAAAAUUUACUUCAAGUAUUAAAAGUAAAUAUAUUAAAUAAUAAAAUAAAAAAAACUCAAUACAGGAACUAGCCCCUUUCACUGUUAUAUGUUAUAGAUUGUUAUUAUUGAUGCAUUAACAUAAAAACAGGAAUUUACUGCUGUAGUUCUUUGAGAAUUACAUCUUUUUAACUUCUAUAACAUAUUCUAUGAUGAUUACUUUGAUUACGGGUGAAUCAGCUGAUUAUUUUCUCAGUUAAUCAGUUGAUUCUGAAAAGAACAAUAAAUGUAAAUGAAUGAACAUGAUCAUCAAAGUAGUUGAUAGUUCCAAUAGUUUUGGUCAACCGGCUAAUCGAUUAACAAGCUGUGCUUGUUCGUUUUCAUGUGUUUUAUGUGCCAAAUCUUUUUAGAGGAAACACGCUGGCAGUUUCUUUAAUGUGAUGGCUUCAUAUCUUCCCUCUUGUCAACCUGUGAGCCUCCAACGAUGCAUAAGCACAUGGAAGGAACAUGUAGUAAAGCAGGACUGAUGAUGUUUAUCUUAUCAGUUUUGUAACACGAUUUGGUUCAGCUCAUCAUUGCAGCACCUUUUUAUGGCACCUCUUCUGUAAUGCAAAGAGGAGGCUUAAAAUUAUUGCAGAGUGUCUUCUCUUAUUGGAUCAGAUAUCAAAUGAAAGUGCACUUAAACUGAAACAGCUGCAUCUCUGAGAGAGCAGCGUACUUCAUGACACCAAGUCAAGGAAAUUUAUCUAGCAGAGUCUUUGAAAGCACAGGGGGGAUUCAAAUUUCUGUCCAAUAACGCACGCCGAUAUUCAAACAGGCACAUAUGCUGCGAACAACACGCAGCUCUUCUCGUAGAUCCGUUUCUAUGUGACACAAAAAGGCACAGCAAAAUGAGCAGUAGCUCUUUGAACAUUACAGACUGUCACUGGAGACAUAUGAUAAUGAUGUUAAAAUCUAAAAGUAAUCAGUUUGCCAGCGACGCUCCUCCAGUUGCCUGCGGCUGAUAACAGCGCUGCCUCCUUUCCCCCCGCCGACCCCCCAUUCAUCCAUUCAUCUGGUUUACUCUGCUGCACCACGCUGCCUGUGCUGGACCCGCUCAGUCUGGGAUAGCACACAUCAUAAGAGGUCCAUUUUGUGAAAGGUGCACUUUUUUAGGUGGGGGGGGGAGGCAUGAGGCGACGCCAGCAAUCAACUCAGAGGCACCAUCCGUCGGUCGGACCGCGGUGACUCAUUGCGCACGGUCAGUCAGUCAGGGUGCUUGAAUUUUGCGCUUUGCUGUGGAGGAUCGAUACCCAUACCCUGGUGGAAGGCGUGGCUUGGUGUCACCGACACAGGGUUGAUUUUCCAUAUUCAUUUCUGGGGGGCUUAGCCUCAUAUCACUGACACGGACGCGCAAACGGCACACUCAGCUUACGGGACAUAAAGCGCCUCUCAAGGUAAGCCAUCCUCCUCUUUUCAUUAGACUGCGCGUUCAUUCGUGUCAAAUGUUUAAUCUGUCCGCAAGGUCAAAUCAAAUCAGCACGUAUUAGUGGAGUCUGAGAUGUUGGGGUGGGACAGGACUGCGAAUGUAGGCUACACCAUAUGACAUAGAUUUUAAUUGGCCCGAAUAGGUCGUGUGCAUCACUUCAUUGUAUGUAAUGUUUGCGGCUGUGCGAGGAUUCACAACCUGCAUGCACUCUUCUGUUAUUUUUUGAACUGCUGCAGGCAAAAGGGGGGGGGGGAAAGACAGCCACCAAUUGCUGAAUAAUUACAGUCAUGAUAUGCUUUCCAUAAAUAUUUGCACUUUGACAAGGGACACGCAGAUGCAUGGUUAAGUUGUGGCUGGUAUUGUGCAUCUGUUUUCAUCUUUGGAUUACGGCAAUAUUUAAAGAUUGGAACUGUGAAUCCGGCAUGGGAACUAACCCAAAAAGGACAGUAACAGUCCAGAUGGUGCCUCAGCUGGCUGUGGUGGACACGCUGGGCAAUAAGGAGACUAAUGCCAAUUGGGCUAAAGAGCCCAACCUCAAACUGUCUCAGGUUUGUCCAAACCCCUCCCUCACAUCCCCUGACCACAAACAGGAUGACUUAUCCCUGACUGCUUCUCCCACUAACACCAUCCCCGACACCCAAAAAGCAGCAUCCAAGGGAGAUGAACCAGUUAGCAGCUCUGUGUCAGACAAACCAGAACCAACUAAUGGAAACCAGACAAAAUCACAGCCUGUGACAGGUGGAGAACCACAGAUGCCAGACCUGUCUCUAACAGGACAAAGUGUGGAUGAGGCAAGAAGCGACCAAAGGGAUUCUAAUGCUAAUAUGAAAAUGUUAAGCCCGGCUGAUGAAAAGGAGAUCUGUAAGGCCAGUGUGUCGCCUGCUCUUUCAGCGUCAAAGGUCAACAUGCAGACCAAUGACUGCAGAAUAAAAGGACCGAGUGCAGCAGAGGAGGAGCGUGCACAGCUGACAUCCUCAGCCAAAACCACAGCAGGAGAAGAUAGUGAUAAACGUGCUUCUCCAAAUAGAAAUCUUAACAACACCUAUGAAGUAAGGCAUUCACCAUCUGAGCCACAACAUGGUAAUAAAUGGAGUACGUCAGCGCCCAAAAACAAGGACACUGCUACACCACUGAAAUCUCAAGAGUCUGAUCAUAUACGUAGCUGCUCACAAAGCUCUGCCACUCAGCAAGAGACCCCCAAACCCAAACAAAGCAUGGAGACUGCUGUGGCUCGGCUCAGCUCCAACACACCUCCGUCUAAGAGCAAAGAUGCAGAGGCUGGGCUUACAAAUAAGAAUUCAAGUUCAAUAAACACAGAGAAGGAUUUACCACCAGUAAAGAAACCACAAGUCUCCUCAGAUCAACAUCAACCAAUGUCUUCACCACCAGACUCCUGCACUCUGCCCCAGGCUGUACAAAACAUGGAGGCAUAUGGACAGGUGGCUGAGGAAGUCAGCCAGACCAACACAGCUGUCUUUGAAGGGCAGCAGCAGCAGCACUGCAAGCUAUACAGGGAGGUUUCGACAAUGACCUUAUCCCUGUCAUCCACCCCAGUCAAGCAGCGUCAUGAUAUGGAGGUUCAAGCAGUGGCUAACACGUGCAGCAAAGCCGUGGCCACAAGUCCGAGCCUGCUGCCUUUCGCGGUGACCCGCAGGCCGAGUGGUGGUGCAUUCUCCAGGGAGGAGGCGCACAGCCUGGCUGUAGUCCGCCAGGCCGACGGGAGUGUGGGACUACAUGAGACGAACAUAAGUACUCUAUCAGCCGCUGAUCCAAGGUCAGAGAGACUCACUAUUGAGGCAGAGAUGUGCCCCAACCGAAAUGCCAGUGUGGUUUUCCACUCGGAAACUUUGUCCCAGCAGCAAGACAAAGAAAUAGGAGCAAAGCCCAAAGACUCAGGGUUGGCUCUCUGCAACACUCAGCCAGUUUAUCAAAUUAACAUCGAACAUAACAACCACAAGGAGCAAGGAGAGACAGGUGACUCCCAAUGCAAAACAGGAGUUCAGACGUCUGCAAUGAAAACAGCCACGGCUGAAACUCUCAAAUCAGGAACACCCCCGGGGACAGCCGCUGCUCCCAAGACUGGAUCUGCUGACAGUGACAAUGCUGCACUGUCUCAGACUGCUGUUACAGCCAAGCCCAGCCAGGCACUUCCAACAACUACAGCAACAAACACUGCAUCACAGUCUGAUCUAGCUAAAAAUAAAGCUGGAAGCCAUAAAGAAAAGGCGGCGGGUAAAGCCCCGAUGAAGGCGACGAAGUCUGGCAAACAGAAGAUAGAACCAGAGAAAGAGGAAGAAGAGGAUGACCUCUCAGGGAAGGAGAAAGGAAAAAGCGUUCAUGAUGUCGUCUGGGAUGAACAAGGGAUGACUUGGGAGGUCUACGGUGCCUCUGUGGACCCAGAAUCCCUUGGUUUUGCCAUUCAGAGCCACUUGCAGUGCAAAAUCAAGGAGCAAGAGAGGAAACUGAUGGCCCGGACCUCCCUCCGAAAGUCGGUCUCUGGUGUUGACUCGCCGCAACAUGGCAGGAAGAACAAAAGGCGGCAGCAGAACAUUUUCAGGUCAAUGCUGCAAAAUGUCAGACGGCCCAACUGCUGCGUGCGUCCUCCUCCCUCCUCCGUCCUCGAGUAGCCACAGCACAGAGGUAGCCAAUGUCAGACUCCUCCCUUUUCCUAGAGGUCAAAAUGUUUGUCCUCCCCUCGUCUUGAUUGCAAUGCCAAGUGAAACAUUAAUGGGGGCGACGAUCCCUGUGAGUACACUGAAGUGUUGUAGCAUAAGGAGUCAAACUAUUUGUGAUGUUUGUGAUCAAAGAAGGUAGGAAAUAGAAAUAUAAAAUGAUCAAAUCAAGACUUAUUUUCUAGAAAUAGAUAUUAUAAAGACAGAGAAAACAAUUUUUGAAUAACAAAGGCAAUAAUAGUAAAACGCAUGUAUAUUAGUUACAAUGGCAGUUGUAUGACCUAAAAUGAAGUCCAAACCACCUAAAAGGUAACGAUGGGGUAGACAUAUUACUUACUGUCAGAAUAUUUGUGCAACUAUAUUAAACCAACAUCUCAUUAUGUUUGGUGCAUUUGUUUUAUGUUUUUGAGGUGUUUCUGAGGCCCUAUAUUUAUAAGAUUGCUGUAUUUUCUUUUUGUGCACAUUUGUUUUUAGUUAAUGAAUACGUUGUGCAAAAAAGGGACUGUAUGCAUACGUGCGCUGUUUAAUUUGUGUUCUUGUUGGGUUUUCUAUUAAAACAACAAAAAAAAUAA